AUGUACGCCUCCCUCAACUACAUCCAGACACGCCAUCCCUACGGCGUUAUCCCUGGACAACCUCAAGGCCCCAACUUCAAACUCGCCGGCGACGAAGACGACAAAGACGAGAAAAAGUCCAAGCCCAACGCAAAUGGCAACACGAACGGCGAUGUGAAGCAACAGCAGCAGCAACAGUCCGAAGCUGCUACUCCGCCCCCUGAGACGCCUGACAGAUUCGAAGCUGCAGCGAGAGAACUGGCGCAGGACGUGGUGCUCAAGCAACAGCAGAUUGAGUACAUUGUCAACUCGCUACCUGGGAUUGGGAAUAGCGAGGCAGAUCAGGUGAAGAGGAUG